AUGCCGACAGAUAUGGGGGAAAUUACAAAAGAAGAGCCAAAGAAAGGAGGCUUUUGGGACACUGUGCGUUGCUGCCACACGAUCAAGAUUGAGCUCACUCCGCGGCAACUCUUGGACAUAAAUGGCGAGUUUGAUGGUAACAAGGCUGUCAUCAAUAUGUUUGGUGGAAUUUACACUUACUUUGACGACAAUCUUGGCCUCAGACCCGAAUUUCUCGCCUUCUCGUCUCCCCACGGUGACCACAGAAUUGUUUUGAAGAAUUUGACGGAUGAAGUUGGUCCGCUGUUCAUCAUGAUCGAUGAGAUUGGGAUGGCGUUUAACCACAUCAAACUCACUGACAAAGUGGACCAGAGUAAACGCUUUGUGGCGUUUCGCUACCAUGUUGUGGCUUCGUUGUUUUCGAAUGGAGAUUUUUUCUUCCUAAUUGGUGGCCGCGCCUCAUCUCUAAACUAUCUUUCAACGGUGGAAUCGCGAUUCCAGUCGAGUAAUUUAGUUUUUAAGCACCUCGACCUCCGGCUCCUGCGAUCCUCCGCAAUUCAAAAUUCAUCAGAGACAGACGUGGACGAGGAGAAAGCUACGACACUCAUGGAUCACUAUGCACUGGAUGAUUCUCAGUUGGAAACAGUUAGUAAACAUCUUUGCCGAGCGACGUUUGUGUUGGAAUCUUCAAAGUCAACCCAGACGUUUCACCAGAACGAGGCGUUGAAAUUGUCUAAGCCGCUGCCGGACUCAGGUCGUAACGCUCUCGCCAUCGGAAGCGAGGGGACCAAGAGCUCUCUGGCGUUGCCGGAGAUCGACAGCAGUGCGAGUGGACGAAGCAAGCGUGAAGAACUGGAAAUCUACAAGAACGAAGGAGAGCUCAAUGCAUUUGCAGAUUGCAGAACGAUGACGUCAGACGGAAAGGAAGACGCAUCGUUCCUACAUGAAAUUCCCCGCGCGUUUCUGGAGUUGCAAAAGGAUCUGAGCCCAAGUGCCGCACGCUACCAAUUAGAAGACGUCGACGAUGUCGGUCGCGUGACGGCUCGACUUCACGGACCUCGAUAG